GGAGAACAAAAGACCCAGUGACAGUAGCACACGCAAGUUUCAUCACACCAUAGCAUGCCAAUUUUGCCCUGCUGUUAUAGGAUAUAGAGGCUUGUUCGCGGAAGGAAAAGGCUUUGGUCUCGUUCGCUGCCACUGUUAGCCGAAGGCGCUCAGGACCCAAUGCCUGCACCACUUCUCCUCCUGCUCCUCCUCGUCCUCUGCUGUAAUGUCGCUGCCGCUGCCAAAGCGCACUCAGAUUCCCUCCAUCUCGAGCUCGUUCGCCGCCCGCCGUCUCCCUCCGCCACCACCCGGCUCGACCUCCUCCGCGAGCUCUACCGCAGCGACCAGCUCCGGCAGCGGAUGAUCUCCCAGAGCAUGGGGCAGCGUCGCCACGGGCGGCGGCCGCUCCAGGCCCCCGCGGUCUCGCAGAACGCCUCUCUGCCGGCGCCGGCGCCGGCGGAGGAGUCGUUCGCGUUGCCGCUCACGUCGGGGGCGUACACGGGCACGGGGCAGUACUUCGUGCGGUUCCUGCUGGGCACGCCGGCGCAGAAGUUCCUGCUGGUGGCGGACACGGGGAGCGACCUGACGUGGGUGAAGUGCCGUCGACCGCGCGCGUGCCGCCGGUGCGGGCGCGGGAGGUUCUUCCGGCCCCAGGCAUCGACGACGUACGACCCGAUCCGGUGCUCGUCGGACAUGUGUAAGUCUGCGCUGCCGUUCGCGCUGGCCACGUGUCCGACACCGGCGAGCCCAUGUGCUUACAAUUACGGGUACUCCGAUGGAUCGAUGGCGAAGGGGGUAUUCGCGCAGGAGUCGGCGACGAUAACGCUUUCGAGAGGCGCUCGUCGCAGGAAGCUGGGUGGGCUGGUGGUGGGUUGCACGACCUCAUCCGUCGGAUCCAGCUUCCGCGCAUCGGACGGCGUCCUUGGCCUCGGCUACAGCGCGGUGUCGUUCGCCGCCCGCGCCGCUGCCGGAUUCGGCGGCCGCUUCUCCUACUGCCUCGUGGACCAUCUCAGCCCCCGGAACGCCUCCAGCCGCCUCACCUUCGGACCCACCCCGGCCCUCUCUCACCCGGCAUUGCCGCCCCCUCGCGCCACCGAGCUCGUCCUCGACGCCCGCCUCCAGCCCUUCUACGCCGUCCGCAUCGACGGCGUCUCCGUCGACGGCGAGCUACUUCCGAUCCCCUCGAGUGUGUGGGAUGCCGCCCGCGGCGGCGGCGCCAUCCUCGACUCAGGGACGAGCCUGACCGUGCUGGCGGAGCCGGCGUACAGGGCGGUGGCGUCGGCGCUGAGCCGGCGACUGGGCGGGGUCCCGAGUGUGAGCGUGGACCCCUUCGACCACUGCUACAACUGGACGGCGGCGGGGCCGGCGGCGGAAGUGCCGAAGCUGGUGCUGCACCUGGCGGGGACGGCGCGGCUGGAGCCGCCGGCGAAGAGUUACGUGAUCGACGUGGCGGAGGGGGUGAAGUGCAUCGGCAUCACGUCGGCGCCGUGGCCGGGCGUGUCCACCAUCGGCAACAUCCUGCAGCAGGAGCACGUGUGGGAGUUCGAUCUCAAGAAUCGACGGCUGAGAUUUCGGCGAUCCACCUGUCGUUCCAUCUGAUCAUCAUGAUGAGGAAGAAGAGGAGGAGGGAGGUUGGACGUCCCUGAUUCUUUCUCCAAAUUGUAUGGCCGAUUAUUAUUAUUAUUAUUAUCAUUAUUAUUACUUUUUUUCUUUCCCCUCUUUUAUCCGUCUGGUGUAAUCAUAGUGAUGAUAUAUGUGUUAUGAGAUUCUCCUAAUAAACAAUUAGUCUGAUUUGUUGUGAAUAAA